AUGCACCGCCUUGAGGUCUCGCCGAAAAAGAUGCUGGUUGAGCCAGCAUUCAGCAGACGUGAUGUAAGUCAGUACACAAUUGUGGAGGAGUUGGUGGAGGCCAACGAAGGACAUCAAGCCAGUGUACAUAAAAAAUUCAUGCAUUGUUCAAAAUGUGCAUCUAGACAGCAUCUAAACGAUGAAGUCAAUCAAAGUGGGUGUAGGGAUCCGCUCGUGGAAUGCUCCCGUGUAAAAAAUGAGAACAGGAUUGUUGAAGAGGAGGCAAAAGACGAUCUUGUCAGUGCGAACGAAAUGCCAAAUGAUGCUCACAACGAAAAUAUUGGAGUGGAUGAAGAUGAAGAGGAGGACGAGGAUGAGGAGGAGCCCAAGCCACUUCGUUUAGAUCGGCUAAAACUUGCCAUUAAAUGGGAACAAAAACGCGUGAGUAGGGCCGUUUAA